AUGGGGGAGGAGUGCUUCUCCAGGGAGCCAUCAGUGACAUUGGAGCCCAGACUGCAGCAAAAAGCCUGCUCACAGAGCCCUGUGGUGCAAACUCUGGGGGUGGCCAUCUACCGAGCUCUGGACUGGGGCCUGGACAGCAGCGAGGAGCGGGAGCUGAGCCCACAGCUAGAGUGCCUCAUCGAGGGCAUGGUGGGGGGCGAGGAGGGGAAUGGGGCAGGGAGCGGGGCAUUUGACGAGGGUUACAGUGAACCAGAGGCGGCCUGUCGUCCCGUCUGUUCCCUCCGCCAAGUGAUGGCCCUGUGUUCAUGCCGCCUGGUGGAGCCCUCUCUGGCCCCGGAGCAUUACCAGGCUGUAGUCAGAGCGCUGUUUGUGGAGACACUGGAGCUACAAACCUUCCUCCAGAAGAUCCGAAAUGCCAAACAGGUCUGA